CUUUUUUGUUGUAUUUGCUAUAUAAACGCGCGCAGACUUCGUUUCAGAUUUAAAUUGGUAGCGCCCGCAGCCCGUUGCAGUUUGUUCAAUAGUCCGCGAGAUAAUCACAAGUACGAUGGCCGACCAUGAACUCCAGCAGUUCUUUGCUUUCGUUGAUGGCAAAAAAAAAGAUUACAUCGAUGCCCUGAAAACGGUUGUGGCUAUUCAGUCCGUUUCAGCUUGGCCCGAUAAGCGUGGCGAGAUCGAUCACAUGGUGGACUGGACCGCUGGUCGUCUAAGGAGCCUAGGUGCCGAGAUAGAGCUUACGGAUGUGGGAAAGCAAACAUUGCCAAGCGGCCAGAUAAUCCCUCUGCCGAAGGUCCUACUCGGAACUCUGGGCAAGGACGCCUCCAAGAAAACUGUGCUGGUCUAUGGACAUCUCGAUGUGCAGCCUGCCCUGAAGGAAGAUGGCUGGAACACCAAUCCCUUUGAACUUACCGAGGUAGAUGGCAAGUUGUUUGGACGCGGUGCGUCGGACGACAAAGGACCCGUACUGUGCUGGAUCCAUGCUAUCGAGGCUUACCAGAAGCUCAACAUUCCACUGCCAGUUAACGUGAAGUUCGUUUUUGAGGGGAUGGAGGAAAGCGGCAGCGAAGGCCUCGACGACCUAUUGAUGGAGCGCAAAAACGAUUUCCUAGUCGAUGUUGAUUAUGUUUGUAUUUCCGAUAAUUAUUGGCUGGGAAAAAAGCGUCCCUGCCUGACCUAUGGGCUUCGUGGACUAGCAUACUUCCAAGUUGAGGUGGAAUGCUCAAACAAAGACUUGCAUAGCGGAGUGUUCGGGGGAACCGUACACGAAGCAAUGCCGGAUCUUUGCCACCUCCUCAGCGUUCUUGUUGACAAGGACACGAAGAUUUUGGUUCCUGGAGUGGAUCGCGACGUUGCUCCCCAGCUAAAGAACGAGGAAUCAAUAUAUGAGAACAUUGACUUUGAAGUAUCUGAGUACAAGAAAGACAUUGGUGUUAACGAGCUACCGCACAAUGGCGACAAAAUCAGGCUGCUGCAAGCCAGGUGGCGUUAUCCAAGUCUUUCUAUCCAUGGAAUAGAAGGUGCCUUUUAUGAACCAGGCGCAAAGACCGUUAUUCCAAAGAAGGUCAUUGGCAAAUUCUCCAUUCGUCUUGUGCCCGACCAGGAUCCAAAGCAUAUUGAGGAGUGUGUUGUUAAAUAUCUUAAUGAUAAGUGGGUCGAACGUGGCUCGCCUAACAAAAUGAAGGUUGUUAUGCUCUCUGCGGGCAAGCCCUGGACUGAGGACCCAAACCAUGCGCACUAUGAAGCUGCGAAACGGGCCAUUAAGCAUGUGUUCAAUGUAGAGCCGGAUAUGACUCGCGAGGGGGGCUCUAUUCCUGUUACUUUGACAUUGCAAGAAGCCACUGGCAAAAACGUCAUCCUUGUGCCAGUGGGAGCAUGUGACGACGGAGCCCACUCUCAAAAUGAAAAGAUCGAUAUCUACAACUACAUCGAGGGCACUAAACUUCUUGGCGCCUAUCUCCACGAAGUGGGAAAAUUAUAAACAAGAAAAUUAACAUCCCAUCCUAAUACGAUGAAACAUCACAACCGUGCUCUAAUUGAAACAAAUAUUGUCCUUAACCUUACAAUUAAAAAACUCGCCAUAGAAA